AGAGAGUAAUAACAUGGUUUUUCCAAGGUUAAUCGAGAUUGCAUAUUUUCGUAAUUUUUAAACCGUUUUGCUAUAUUUGAAAUCCUCAUAUCGUGUUUUUGUGCAGCUUAUUGUAAAAUAAAUCAUUAAAAGCAUGAUCUAGGCCUACCCUUUAUUUAUAUGUAGAAAAAGAUAUCUGAGAAUAUCUUUACAUCUUUGAAAAUGGAGUUUUAAACGCAUCUGCCCUCCAUUAAUACCGAAUCACUGCAGCUCAUUCCUGGUGUAAAAGGAGUCGGACCAGGUGAGGCGUGCUUUGUGUGGUAUUUUAGUCUGCCCGGGAUGAAUGCAGACGUCCCCUUCUCUCUUAAACUAUUCUCUUCAGAGCCGGCAGCCCCUUGCUGAGUUGGUCGCAAUCAUUGUUUCUCUGCAGCAUUAACCACAUUCCAGAGAGGCGCAGCGCAUCCAGUCUCCUUCCCCGCAUUCCUUUCACGCGAACGAGUCCCCUCCAUUAAACGGCGUUUUGUUGAGAUUUUUUGCGCUCUUUGUGGGCUCAGGCUUGCACACAAAGGGUGUUUGCAGCAUAUACGAUUAUCCGACCUACUUUGAUUUCUUGCACAGUGGCCGUAAGGGAAAUCUAGAGGAAAAACCAACAAGGGGAAAUUCCUCCGCGCAGCGCGCCGUUGACUGUAAAGACCUUUCAACUUAACAAAAACUGAAGUUGACAAACGUAUCGCUGUCGGCUGAAACUGUGAGAAAGAGUUUGUGAAGCGGGGGAAGCAGAAGAAGACGAUGCGGCUCUCGGCGGAGGUUUGCGGGCAUGUUAGUGGUUUUCUGUGAGUGAGGGACGGCUGUACGGCGGCGUUUUGUUUUGAUUUCCAUGUGAAACGCAAUUAGUGCUCCGCGGUGCUCUAUAGUUUGGCUCGCGCAGCGGAGCGCACUCUCAACUUGUUUCUCUCCUCGGGAGCACAACAUGGAGCAUUACCAGGAAGAUUUGGGACUCCGGGCCACCAAACUGAUGGAGGACCUUUCUUUGUAUGAUGCGUACCAGGACGGGAUGUACGAUGCGAGGAGAGACUUGGUGAUUAACCCCGAUUUAGACUUUUCGGCUCCGGCACUGGUUGAGCAUAAAGCCAAGCCGAUGAAUGGGACCUCUGUGCUUCACCAGCAGCAUCACACAGUGGAGAAUUUCUCGUCUGGGAAUAAAGUGUAUAACGCGGCUCCGGUGCGCCCGGUGAAUUGCAACCGGACGGUUCCUGUGGAUUUUUGCGCCCCUCAAAGGGACGCGGUUUAUAACGAGGAUGGUUGUUGCACCAAAUCCGAAGUAGCUUUGCCUUGUUAUACAGGCACUUCCGAGAGACACAGGAGGUACUCUCUGGAGGUGCAGGGCCAUAGGUACAGCACCGGCUCCACCUUUGACGGCGUGCCGCUCAACAAACCGGUGGCUGUGCCCGGCAACAGGUGCAACAGUGUCUGCAUCGCCAGCAGCCACGACGGGAGAUAUAACGCCACCAGUCCUCGCUCCAGCCUGGCAUCUUCUCUGUCUUCUCAAGAGCAGAGCAAGCAUGCCAGCCCGAGGUCGAGCAUCAGCAGCCCGCGUACCAGUCUGGUGGUACCGGGUCAGGAGAGGUACACGAGCCCUAGAUCGAGUUUAGUUCACUGCGAAGGAAACAGUGUCCUCAGUCCCCGAUCCAGCUAUGCAAGCACCGCCAGCGACACGAGUAAACACUCAAGUCCCCGGGCCAGCCUCAACAGCUGUGACUGCUGCAGCAAGCCCAACAGCAACCGUACCAGCGGCAUCAGCAUGGGCUACGACCAGAGGCACACCAGCCCCAGGUCGAGCACUGCGAGCCAGUACUCCUUCACUACCAGCCCGAGAUCCAGUUACUCCGACUCUCGGUACGGGCCCGUGGUCAACCAAGAUCUGGAGGGAGUCUUGCACUCAGCACCGCUGGCGAGUCCUCGCUCCAGCAUCUGCAGCCAGGACGGGAGCGCAAGACCGGGGACAAGCGCAAACUGCGUGGUCAGCCCCCGGUCCAGCAUCUCCAGUCACAGCUCCAGAAGUUCCCGCAGCUCCAGGGGGUCUAUGAGCACCUAUCCGGAUCUGCAGCUUCCUUCCCCUAGGUCAUCCAUGCUGGGAACCAGUUUACACGAGGAUACGCUGCUGCAGGAGUUUGGAGACUCCAACGGAGUUCAGAAUCGCAUCCAUCUCCAGGGGCUUUCGGCAGUGCCUGAACCCCAGCAACAGUCGGGGCAGACGGGAGUGACCGCGGAUAUACCCUCAGGGUCGCCUUCCUCAUAUAGUUAUGUGAUGCCUUCAAAAACGGCUUCCUCGGGCCAGAGGUUUAAACUACCUUACCAGGUGACCCCCAGUCGAGAGAGUGGACCAAGCCAGGCGGAGAAAAGGCUGGAGGCGCUCACCUUGGAGCUGGAGAAGGAGUUAGAGAUGCACAUGAAAAAGGAAUACUUUGGUAUUUGUGUCAAAUGUGGGAAGGGUGUGUAUGGAGCCAGCCAAGCGUGCCAGGCCAUGGGGAACCUCUAUCACACAAACUGCUUCACCUGCUGCUCUUGUGGGAGGAGGCUACGAGGGAAAGCGUUCUACAACGUCAAUGGAAAGGUCUACUGUGAGGAGGACUUUCUGUACUCUGGUUUCCAGCAGACGGCUGAGAAGUGCUUUGUGUGUGGUCACCUCAUCAUGGAGAUGAUCCUCCAGGCACUAGGCAAGUCCUACCAUCCUGGCUGUUUCCGCUGUGUUGUGUGUAAGGAGGGUCUAGAUGGAGUGCCUUUCACUGUGGACGUUGAGAACAACAUCUACUGUGUCAAAGACUACCACACGGUUUUUGCCCCCAAGUGUGCCUCAUGUAACCAGCCCAUCCUUCCAGCCCAGGGCUCUGAGGAAACUAUUCGCGUGGUUUCUAUGGACAAGGACUACCACGUGGAGUGCUACCAUUGUGAGGACUGUGGUCUCCAGUUAAAUGAUGAGGAAAGGCACCGCUGUUAUCCACUGGAAGGCCACCUGCUCUGCCACGACUGCCACAUCCUUCGGCUCCAGUCGCAGGUUCCUGCCCAUGCGCCCCCCAGCUACCCUCUCCAUGUCACUGAACUGUGAUUGGGAGAACUAAGCUCCACAUCCCAGGUGAUCUGGGACACCAGCAGUGGGCAAAAAAAGGCCUGCACCCUCUUCAGCAGUUCCAGAGAAGGCUCUCUGUGGCCAUCUGAGUUACUGCCCCCGUCCUCAGCUGGAGAGCCAGUCCGUGGACUAACACACACAGCGCAGCUCCCACCACAAGCCCUGCUAUUACAUGCUAGGGUUGGAAAAAAGGGUCCCCCCCUUACCCUCCAUUUGUGGUCCUUUCCAUCCCCCUCCCCCUUGGGCGCCUAACCCUGAAAGCCAACACGCCAGCUCACCCAGAGGCCCCUGAUGAUGUCACACCUCCUGACCCCAGCACAUUCAUCAGAAAGAGGGUUUCUGGAUUGGAGGAGAAAGCGCAAAUUCAACUCUCUCCUUGCUUUCCCUCUCAUCCUUUCCGUAUCUUUCACUCUUAUGCUUUGACUCAAGCAACUUACCACGUGAAUUCACCAGUGCUGUCACAUCUGAGAACGCUGCUGAUGUUAGCGUCAGGAAGGCCGGGGAACGAGCCACUGCAUUCCAGUGCUGGCUGGACCGGACAGGCCCGACGGUGGGCAUGCCGUGCCUUCAGAGUGGGCUCUCCCCGUGUAGCUUCUAACACUGAAAUGGAGUCCUGCUAAAGGCUAUGCAAUGGACACCCAGCAUUCAUGACACAGGGCUGUGAUGAAAAACUGUCACCCUUGCACCACCUCCACAUCACCGAUGCAGAGUAGCACCACAAGCCCAGAGGACUGACUGACAUUCCACUUAGAAGUCACAAGCAGUGUCUUAAUUAAUGAUUAUAUGAUGACAGAAAAUUUUAGAUGCACAUAGAUUGUCUUUUAUAUAUGGAUAUAUAUUUUGCAGACGUUUUCCACAUCAGAUCUUAGAUGUAGAUUCUUGUUUUGUUGUUUUCUUUUUAAUGUUGCUGCGCUCAUGGUAGAAUCAGUCUAAAGCCUCUGAAGCUUUUGGUCUGUUGUAUCAUUGCUCCUCCAGGACACAGAGCCUCUUCAUGCCUGUCAGAGAUUCACAGGCUUUGUAGGAGCAGACCGGGAUCAAAUAGUAUUUGCCUUCAGUUGUUUUGUCCCACUUUGUACACCCAGUGAAAUGAGUUUCUUUUCGCCCUUACUCACUAUAGAAAGCUUACAAAUCAAGCAUUGCAUUAGUUCAGGCAGGCCUUGAAACUAGGCUUGGGUGCAGUCUUCUUCUUCUUCUCAGCUCACAGCCUUCUACAGAUCCAAUUAGCCAGUCACAUACAGGGUGCACUAUUUAAUAAGCUUUAGCCUGCAAACAGGUACUACGCACCUGCAAGUCACAUUGCAACCCAUCUCCACCACAGGAGAUGGAUUUUCACGCUGAUGCUCUAAUUACAAGGGAGUCCCAGAACAGGGCCAAAUAGAAAAUACUUCUUUUGGCCAUGUGCUUCCUGACUGAACCAAUGUUAUCUUUCUCUGUCUUUAACAGACUGAACAGAUAAGCAGUCCCAUCGCACAGAUUGUAUAGAGGCAGCUAUACGUUGUAGCUAAUUCCUACAAAAUGUAAAAAAAAUAUUCAUCUUUAUUUCAGACCCUUUAAACUUUAUCUUCAUGCCUUCUGUCAUCAUACCACAAGUCAUCAAAGUUAUCACUUUAAGAUUAAGACUUAGCUUAAUCCUAACGUUUUAAGAGAUUAGCUGGAGAUAAGUCUUUAAAUACAGAGGAUUAGGGCUUUUGGUGCAACACUAAAGGACACUCAGCAGUCGCACAAGGCAGAUGUCCACCGCUCACAGGAAAAAUUCCAGCUGUGACUCACUGUUGGAGAAAUUUCCAAAAAUAAAGCAUUCAUUAGCUCUUUUUUAUCUAUAGUUCUCAAAGUGGGGUCUGAGGAUCCCCAGGAGUCCGCAACCUAUAGCUAAGUGGUCCUCAGAAUAAAUUCCUGUAAGUUAGAAAACUGAACUUCAUUGUUUAAACUCACAGAUAUAGACUGGAACUAUUUGCGCCAGUAAAAGCAGCAUAUUGGAUCCAUUAUUUCCCUCCCACAUUGGGUUGGGAAACAUCAUAUCAGUCUGUCACCAGCUCUUACUUCUCUCAGGGUGCAUUAUAAUGUUCCUGUUACUACAUAGCUUGGUGUAUUAGACCGCUAGCUUGCUGGUGAGCAUGGAGAAAUAUCAGCCCACAUCAUCUGGUGACACUAAACACAAUUAAUCUGUUUAGGGUUUAUAAUAUAGUGGUUGUGGGAAAAAAUUCCCCCCAGUAAAAUAGUGUGAGAACUCCUUGUUUUAAACUAUAUAGGGUAUAUUCUUGGCUAAAGACUGUUUAUCCAAACAGUUUUUAAAGCUACUAGACUGGAACAGUGUUGUUUUGAUAGGCUGGUGAUUGUCAUGCAGGUAAGCAUAUAUGAUCAUUUGUUUCAACCAGGAAGUAGCUGAAUUUCCUUAAAAGAGAGACCUAAAAGGCCUCGAGUGAAUUGGCCACCACUGACACUCUCUCUGCUACCGUGGGUAAACCAAGCGGGAUAAAACAGACUGAACGCUUAUCUACAAAUACCUUUUGCUCCAGAUCUGUUCAGGGCGCUGUUUCCUGAUAUGUUUUUUGCAGACUUUUUUUUUUUUUAGAAUCACAUCAGCACAUCGUGCAUUACUAUGAGGAAUCUCCGCUUGUCCACAUGCCUUAAGACAGAAUAGGUUUGUUUGUGUGUCUUUCUCUGGUCUGCCAUGAAGCCUGCUGUUGUGUUUCGGGAGGACGUACCUGAGAACACGGAGCUGCUGGUCCCACCCGUGUUCUUUAGGGAGUGCCACCCACACCCCCCUUCUUUGAUUGUGUGUUUGUGUAUGUGUGUUUGUGUGUGUGUGUGUGCAUUGGCAGGCACUUACAUGUAUGUCUUUUAGUGAGUGAUGUGCAUAUAUAUCUAUACAUAUAUGCAAAGGAAGACCAACACGAGACUUAAAUACUUUAAACUUCAAGCUGUGGUAGCGUGGAAAAAUUCCCAACCUUUCUCAUUGGACUGUUAUCAGUGUGUUCAAUUGGACUGGCAGUCUAUUGAUCAUUCCCUGAUUAUAUUUAAAGCAUUGUUUUUGUGAGGAAAGCUCUUAAUUCUGAAAAAAAAUCCUGCACUUCUGCAGAUGAACCCCAACAAUAUGAGCUUAUUUUAAAUAAGCGCAACUUGUUAUAAUGUCUGAUAUUUUGUGUGUGUGUGUGUGUGCGCGCACGUGUAUGUGUGUGUGUGUGUGUGUGUGUGUGUGUGUGUGUGUGUGUGUGCGCGUGUAUUAGUGGCAGGGCCAUGGCACAUGCACCUCACUGUGUUUGCAGGGCUCAGCAGCAUCCAGCACACUGAUCCUUGCUCUCUCAAACCUGGUAAUGAUUGUGAUGAUGCUGUCUGUUCAUUGCUUACCAUAUUCCAGAUGUUUGUCUCUAAUUGUUGGUGUUUGUUUGAACUUCUCUCUUGUACCAUACUGGAUCUCAAACAUGUGAAGUUUACACAUGUUCCAGCUAAUGCUCCAGUAGCUCAUACGUCAAACUUUGACCGUAGCACUUAAACUCCACCCGUCAGGUAUGCAAACGUGAGUAAAACAAUCACCAACUGUUACUUGCAAACACUGGCCGUGCUGUUAUUCAUACUGUAAUACAUGCAGGUCUGAUUAAAUACUACUGAAUGUGUCCAAAACAGAGACUGAAGCAUAGACUGAAGGCAGGGGUCACCACAGGCCGAAAGGGCUUUUUAAUGUAACCUGAUGUAAUGAGAUUCAUUUGAAUGUAAUAAUGACUAGUAUGUGUAAAAGAAGAAAAGGACUGCAUACUGUACGUGAGACAUUCCCCCCGUAUUUGAUGUGUUUAACCUCAACUUUGUACAAGGGUUAAGUCAUGUGUGCUAUACUUGAAGAAUGAGGCAUUUUCUGAACUUUUGUGUGCUUUAUCAACCCCCAUGAACGACUUAACAAGCCCAGUUUAUCCCCUUCAAAGAUGUCUUAAUUCGCUUGUUUAAAAGUACUACUUCAGUUUCUGCUGCAUAGCACACUGGUAGUUACCCUGUACAUAAAAAGGCUAGUUUAUUUUAUUUUAUAAUUCUGUCAAAAAUCACUUGGAAAGAGAAGAUAUCUUCUCCUACUCGUAGUUCCAAUAAGCACAUCUCGACACCUGUCACACAUCUUUUAUAUCGCUAAGUGUUUUGAUUACCUAGAUGGUUCAUUUUAAAAAAGGAAACUAGAUCUAUUUAUCUAAACAUGAAAAAGUCUAAAGUUAUUUAAUGUAUUAAAAUUGGGACGUAUCAUUUAACUGUAGAUGACAUAAUCUGCUUUUUCAAUAAAGUGGUUUUGUAGCUAACUGCAAACGA